AUGCGUACGAGUAAUUGGGACAAGGAUCUUACCAUUGUUAAUGAAAACAUCAAUAUCCCCAGGAAGAGUAUGUCAGCAAUUGUUCUUCUAUUUACCAGUAGAGUGAGAACUGAUAGUGAAGAAUAUAUUUACCCAAAUAUUGAUAAAGUGAACCUGACCAUUGAAGGUGUGCCUAAUGCAGUUUUCUCACAGGGACUUCAUAAAAAUAGGUUCUUCGAAGAGGCAAAAAGAUUUUUCUGCCCUAUGUGUGAGAAAUCCAUGGCGGACGAAUUUAUGUCCAUCAGUAAGUUCUUCAGCAAUGGUUUUGCUCUAGUAAUCGAUCUUAGGUCAACACAAGAUGAUACCACUGGUGGAGGUAAGAAGAUUGUUAACACACAGUCGGGAGUACUCCUGGAAAUCAAAAAGAGAGCCACAACGGCUGACAUUCAAUGUAACAUUUUUAUUGUAUCAGAUGCUCUCCUUAACUUUGCCAAUAGAGAUCUAUCAAGUAUUCAAUACUAA